ACAAUAUUACGGGAUGCAAAAGCUCAUAAAAUUAUCAAAACAAAAGAAAGAGAGAAAUUGCAAUACAAAAUUCAGAAAAUGGCAGCUGCCACUGUGACCACUUCUCUCCCGCAAUUCAAUGGCCUCAGACCCAAAAUCUCAUUCUCCAAUGCGCAAAGCAUGGCAGUUGUUCAACCGAUGAGGCGCAAGGGGCAGGGCGCUCUAGGAGCUCGCUGCGAUUUCAUCGGCUCACCUACCAAUUUGAUAAUGGUGACCACAACAACCCUAAUGUUGUUUGCCGGAAGAUUUGGGUUGGCUCCGUCGGCAAACAGGAAGUCAACGGCAGGAUUGAAGCUUGAAACAAGGGACUCUGGGCUGCAGACCGGCGACCCAGCUGGGUUUACACUUGCUGAUACAUUGGCCUGUGGUUCUGUUGGUCACAUUAUUGGGGUUGGAGUUGUUCUUGGCCUUAAGAAUAUUGGUGCCCUGUAAUUAAUAGAGGAAGAUGUUUGUGAACUCUUGCACUGAAUGAUAUUUCUAAGUCUUAUAUUCAUAGAA